ACUAAUACGUGAUACAAAUUUUGCUGAGAAACCGCCUACUGAUAUAUUUGGUAAAUUGUUAUAUCUAUUUGGACUUGAUAGAUAUCAUGCACGUGUUGCGUAGUCCCAUAGUCAUCUUUCUGUGUACAGUGCUUGUAACUUUACCGUGACUGGGCCACAUUUCUUAGCAUUUUGAUGAUUCCAGAACCUUGCAGUACACACCAAUACUUAUAUGCUAGAUGAUCAACCUUUUCUGAUCGAUUCCACUGCAUUUCUUUCACAAUGCAAUCGCAUGACCAUAACUGGUCUUUAUAUUUAAUGGCCAUUAGACCAAAUAAUGAGUAGACAUAAAAUUGAUUAUAAGAGCAUGUGGAUUGUAGACGGGCUAGGUGUAGACCAUAUGGGAAUAGACUUAUUGGGUGGUGGACGAAUUGGUUGUAAUCCGAACAGCAAUAAAAUUUGGAGUGGAAUUUAUUAUUAUUAUUAUUAUUAAUAAACCGUGACAUGGUCGCAGAUAAGUCUUUAUGGGAAUGUCCGUCACUGUAUCCCAGAUACUUUACUGAUUCAGCCAAUUUGAAGAGCCUACCGGUAUAUCUAUGAGAAUUUCAAGUUUUAAAAAAUUACAAUUAUAUUACCAGAUGAAGUCAAUGUCGUACCAAUCAAGAUGGAAUGUUGUAAGAGAGUUGGAGUUAAAGGUGGCAAACUUCAGCUAGAUUCCUUCGGAAUUGAACUUGAGAUCCCUCCCGGUGCAAUUGACAGCGAAGCGCCGCAGGAAAUUUCUCUUCGUGUCCUGACAGAUACUCAAAAUCUUGGCAACAGCAAAGAAGAGAUGUCAGUCUGCUGCGGUGUACAGUGUUUAGCCCCUGAUGACUUAGUCCUUAAGUUACCGGUGACUUACACAAUGCCCCAUUGUGCUGUGAUUACACGAUAUUCCAGCGUGAAGGCAGUCUUGUACACGGGAGAAGGAGAAUACUCAACCGAUGCAGUUGUUAAAGAACGAAUUAUGCUGUCGAGGUCUGGAACACCUAGCUGCACCAUCACAAAAGAUGUACUCAAACUGAAGAUGAACCACUUUUCAUGGGCGAAGAUUAAGUUGAUGAUCAAGAAUUUCUUCUUCAAAGAAAAGAAAAUGCGCUGUCGGCCAUUUAAAGAAAAGAACCUAGCCCUACAGAAGACACCUGUCAUCUUACGUGCACACCUCUAUGAUGCCAUAAAAGGGAAUUGCCAGUUGAUAAAAAGACAAGAAGAGGAACAAGAAUUCGUACCUGCCCAUCCAGAACAAGAGAUCGUUAUUCAGGCAGCAGAAAGUGAUCUCAAAAUGACAUGUUACGUAAAGGAGACAAUAAUUGGAAGACCUGCUGUUGUCCCCUUUGAUAAACUUACGAGUGGAGCCAGGAUCUGUAAGCCCUUUGAAUUGGACUUCACCGACCAGCCAGACAUUGUUGCAGUGUCACUGAGAAUAGGACAAAGUGAGAGACUAGAGGAUGAACUCUUAUUUCCUUUGGAUUUCUCAACUCCUAACAGAAGAAAGAGAACUUCUCCACAAGAUCCAGAACAAAUGCAAGGUGCAUCCAGUUCACAGACACAUCGAACAUCACAUGGAAGUACAGGUGAAACUCUGGAGAACAUUUCAGGUGGACAGGAAGACUUUGACGAAAAGCUGACCACUGUUGCUCGAAAAGUUGCCAAGCGUGAAGAGAUAGAUAAUCUCGGGAAGGCUCUUGGCUUUGGGCCAGAUGAUAUCCAGCGUUAUUUCGACACAAACAUGAAGAAUGCAGAUGUAUCAUACAUGGGUACACUAUCAAUGCUCCGAAAGUGGAGAAAGAAGCAAACUGAGGCGAAAGAGUGUGAAGCCCUCAAGGGUGUUUUAAGAAAGGCUGGUCAAAUUCGUCUUAUUGAUGAGCUAUGAGGUAUUUCAUUAGAUGCGAGCUGUAAUAAUAAUACUCAGUUUUUAUAUAUGCUUCUCUAUCGAGGAAUACAUUGUUCCAAUGAUAUAUUUAUAUAAUUGUAUACAUAGAGAGAGAGAGAGAGAGAGAUGAGAGUGUAAUGGUUGCGUAGCUUAAUUAAAGUUCCCCAUUUUUGUAUGGCCUUGAGGGGGACAUCAGAAUACAUUGCCUGCAACUGAAUCAGAUUGCCCCAAGUCGUAAGAUAAGGGAAGUGUGAUUCUCUUGAUGGCAAUAUUUUCAAUAUUCAUAUUCCCCGAAAGUAGAACCAACCAAUAUCACUACUAUCUUUUAUAUAUCGGCCUCAGGUACAUAAUCAUAACUAUUUUGUAUCAAUUACAAGCAUGUGUAAUUGCUUGGUAGUCCCACUUCAGGUCACUAUUCAUAUCAUGCAUGUCAUCUUAACUGAGCAAUUAUGAAGUAAGUCCAUUGAGGCUCACUUUCAUUUACUUUAAUUUAGUAUUGAAAGUAUCCUGCAAUGACAGACAAUUUUGUAAUCAUAUUUGAUGAUUGUACAAUGAUAUUUAUUUCAAAUUCACCUGUCGAAAUUUGUAGUUAGACAAUUUAUCAACUAUCUUUUGUUAUUAUGAUGAGUUUUCUGUGAGCACUAGUAUACAAAGAUACAUGCUGGUGUUGUGCAUGUAAAAAGUAUUUUCAGACAAAAACAGGCUCAUUGUACAUAUUUAUAUGUAAAUUCCUGCCUUGAUGUACAUACAUGCAGUAACUCUUCUAGGAUAGCGCAUCAAUCUACCAUUUACUUGCCAUUGUUUAAAGUGCAUUUUGUGUGUACUUACAUGUAUAUCUAAUAUGAGCUUACUGCCUGUUCAUCAUAUUCUUUCGAGCCUGUGUAUUUUUUUUGUUUACAUGAAUUCAAAUGUUUGCUAUUCCUAUUGCUAUUUUAUGAUAUUUUGUUGGCAUAGACUUUUUGAAAUUUGUAGUAAAUUAUUUAUUGGAAAAGAUUGUGAUUGCAUUGGCUUCAAAAGUAUCAUGCUGCAAGUUUUAAAAUUGAAGAUCCUAGCUUACCCUUUUGUAUCGCCUCUGAAGUAUGGCCUGUAGGCCUUUUUCCAGUAUGCCUCGCAAACCGUUUUUUUUUAUUGUAGAUCACAAUA